CAAUAACUUGCUCAUUUUCCCCUACAGCACUUAGAUCCGCCGAAUUCGCUGCUCAGGACGCUGAGGAGGGUGUUGUAUGAGAAUCUGGAUUCCUUUAAUUGACCUUUUGCACAUCACCUUGCUCCUUGACAAAUCUGUCGCUCCGAGUAGCAACAUUGACGAGUACGAACCAACAUGUCGAAGUCAAAGGAUAGCAGCUCCUCUGGAGGCUUCCACCAGGAAUAUAUCGCCUCUUUGCGCUACCGAAAUGACCUCCCUCCUCCCGAUAUGCCCCCGAAGUUCCUCGACAUCCCCCACGAGGGCCUUGAGAGAUUCCUCACUCCCGGUUUUGCUUCUAAUCUAGGACGACGCGAAGAGCUAAACAUUGAUGUUGAUGCCGAAGGUGGUAUGCCAAUUGACCUAGUCGGUAUCCCGGGGUUGCACCUAGGCGACGAGAGUGCAAUCAUGCUACCAGAGAACCCAGACCCGGUUGACCCGGCUGACCUGCCGCUACUCUUGACUCUCGAUCAAUUGAAAAAUCCGGCGCCCAAGAACGCCAACGUCAGUUUUCUGCGUCGGACACAAUAUAUCUCCGCCGGCAUUCGCGCCCCCGAUGGUCCGAAGGUUAAUACGCCCAUCCGUCCCAAGCGCCUUGACAAAAAGUCCCAGGAUGACCCUACAUAUAUCAAGAAAUAUAUCAUGAAAGGAUUUGAUAUUGCAUACCCUGAUAGCAAACACGUGGGCGAAGAUACCUCCAGCCGUAUAAAAGGUCACGUUCCAACGAAGCUCGAGAUGGACGCAUGGGCCCAACCCGUCCAUCCAGAUAAUCCAAAGCUGAAGCCCAUUGGAUUCUUCCCGCUUGUUCCAGAUUUACAAGGAUUUCCCGACCCUGGAGGUUUCGUGCAGUUCAAAUUCGACAAGGCGCCUGUUCAGAACUCUGGCGGCAAGCGGGACGAGCGUAUGGAUGUUGCAGUUCUGCUCCCCUCUGAGCCAGAGGAGCGCGUUGCGCAGGAGUAUGCUACAAAGAAAGCCUUGCACAAGUCCAAUCCUAGCUUGUAUCCUGACCCCGGCCCUGUUCCAUACGACUACGAUCUAUUUCUACCGGAAAAGAAAGAUUUAGUGAAUAACGUUCGCGCGAGCUUGCAAUUAUCAAACCCGGAUCGUGACAAUGAAGACCUCUACACCAACGAAGGUCCGGACAAUGCGAAGUUCCAUCGCUAUGAUCGCCAGCGCACUUACGCUACCAACUCGCAGUCUCUCGGUAAUGCCCAGAAACAAACAGACAUCGCAUUGACGCUCUACGACCCUGCGGAAGCAAAGGGGGAUGGAGAUUCACAUACACAAAAAGCCGCUUACUACUACCCGAUCAUCUCGAAGACACGCCUCAAGCCUGAGCGCUCACGAACCAUCGCCCAGGCAGGUCUCGCCCCUACUCAGCCUAAAUCAAAGGAAGACCAGGUUCAUCAAAUGCAAGUUAUGGUUCGCGAUCCAGAGGAGGCUGAAGUUUACAAACGCUCAACCUACCGCGCUGCUAUUGAUCCUAAGUUCGCUAAGACGAUGCCUCCUCCCCCUGAGCCGGCUGAGGAGCCCGAACCCCAGGACGCCGAUGUGACACACGCAGACUCACAGCCUCAGGAAGAAGAAGAAGACGACGACGCCGAUAAAAUGAGUGAUGAAUGAUCUCAUUAUCCCACCUUCGCCAUCACGCUCUGUAUUAUCAUCGCGACUAGAAACGUUGAAAGAUUUCUAUACAAACUCCCUUCUAAUGAUUCUUGGCUCCGGCCUGGGUUGGUCCUUGACUCUUGACCUUAUGCCAUAUGGCGUCAGGCGGCAAAAUCGGGUUUUCUGUUUAUUUGUGGCAUCUACUGUACCUGGCGAAUUGGAGUUCAGCGAAACCAUGAUGUUUUCCUUCCUUCUCUCUUUUAUGUACUUGAUAGUUGUCCAAGAUUAUUUUCGCAACAACCUUACUUCUUUGGACACAGCAAAGCCAA